AUGUCACAGGAGAUCUCGCCGUCCAUAGAGGCCAUCGCUUUACUAGAGUCGCAUAUCAACUACUUCAUACAACUGCUUAGUCACGAACAUGAUGUCUACGAUGAGGCACCCUGGGUGACCGUCUUUGCGUUCAAAGCAGCUCUGAUAGGGUGGCAGCUAGUAUCGGCGGAGUGCUGGAAGCCCGCUGAGGUCAUUGGUUCUGUUGAUAAGUGGGACAUGCGUCAAUGGAUGAAUAAAGUGUUUGAGCGAAGGAAGAACUGGUGCAUUGGUCGACUGGUAACGAAUAGUUUGAAAGAGCUGGAUGAUGCGGCAUGA